AUGUCUACACAAUUGAGUGAUGAACUGUUGAAUCUUCUUGAUUUUGGUAUUGUUGUAAGAAUGGAGGCCUGCUCUGGUGAAUUCUAUCGCCGAAAUCGAAGAAGGCUGCUGCUUCGGGAACAAAGUCAGAUUAAAUGCUGCCGUAAACCCAAACGGCCGUUGGCGAAGAGGAAUACGUCGUCAGCUUCUGGCGGGAUCUACCUUCGAAUCUCUCCAUCACACACAUCUUGGCCAUAA